AUGUUUACCUUUACUCCACUACUCGGCGCGCAGUCGUCGUCGUCGAGGGCGUCAUCAUCUAUCCUAGAGCUUGAUGGAGGCAUUAAGAUCCUCGUGGAUGUCGGGUGGGACGAUACGUUCGAUACCCGUGACUUGACGGAGUUGGAGAAACAUAUUCCGACUCUUUCGCUCAUUCUUCUCACCCACGCGACCUCGGCGCAUAUCGGUGCCUUCGUCCAUUGCUGCCGAACCUUCCCUCUCUUUUCUCAAAUUCCUAUCUAUGCGACUAGCCCUGUAAUUGCCCUCGGCCGCACAAGUUUACAAGACCUCUAUGCCUCCGCGCCUCUCGCUGCUACUUUUCUACCCAAUGCAUCGGUAUCAGAACCCGGCGCGGCGGCCGCCGCCUCUGCUGUGUCCAGCGAAGAAGGGACUAUCAAAGCUGCUGGCAGCACCGGACGGAUUCUCCUCCAGCCACCAACAACGGAAGAAAUUGCCCGAUAUUUCUCCUUGAUUCAGCCCCUCAAGUAUUCGCAACCGCACCAACCGUCCCCGUCUCCAUUUUCGCCGCCCCUGGAUGGGCUUACGCUUACCGCUUACAAUGCCGGACACACCGUGGGUGGAACCAUCUGGCACAUCCAGCAUGGAAUGGAAUCUAUUGUCUAUGCAAUGGAUUGGAACCAGGCGCGUGAGGGCGUCGUGGCAGGAGCUGCAUGGUUUGGUGGUUCUGGAGCCAGCGGGACAGAAGUCAUUGAGUCGUUGCGGAAGCCAACGGCUUUGAUUUGUAGUUCCAAAGGCGGCGAUAAGUUUGCUCCAUCUGGAGGUCGCAAAAAGCGAGAUGAACACCUGCUUGACAUGAUCCGGAGCAGCUUGGCGAAAGGUGGUACCGUUCUCAUCCCAACGGAUACGAGCGCGCGAGUGCUCGAGUUGGUUUACUCACUUGAGCAUGCCUGGCGUGAUGCGGCAGCUGGUGAGAAGGACGAUGUUCUCUCGGGUGCCGGCUUGUAUUUGGCUGGCAGAAAAGUCAACACCACUCUGCGCCUGGCCCGCAGUAUGCUCGAGUGGAUGGAUGAGAAUAUCGUUCGUGAAUUUGAAGCUGCUGAAGGAGCAGAUGCGGCUGGCCAGAGGGCCGGUGGACAGGGACAGGAUAAGAAUUCUGGAAAGGGUGUAGGACCCUUCACUUUCAAACAUCUCAAGACUGUCGAACGUAAGAAGCGGCUCGAAAAACUUCUGACAGACCAAGGCCCCAAAGUUAUCCUUGCCUCGGAUACCUCACUGGCUUGGGGUUUCUCCAAGGAGUCCCUUCGCCGGGUCGCCGAAGGCCCCAAUAACCUGCUGUUGCUGACGGAAUCCUUCCGCACAAAGGUGCCCGAUGUCCAGGAGGCUCAUAAUAUGAUGUCAAUUGGAAGCAUUAUCUGGCAAUGGUAUGAAGAACGGAGAGACGGCGUGGCAUUGGAGAAAGCAUCCGAUGGAGAAUUGCUCGAACAAGUUCAUAGCGGCGGACGGGAGUUGACCUGGACCGAUGUGCAAAGAGCCCCACUGGAUGUUGGCGAGCAACUACUGUAUCAGCAAUAUCUUGCCACAAAACGACAACUCCAAGAUACCUCCCAACCGCGUGGCCAAGAAACUCUCGAAACCGCAGCAGACGCGUUGGACGACCGCUCAAGCUCAACUUCCUCUGAGGAUUCCGAUUCCGAGCAGCAAGGUCGUGUACUCAACUUCUCGGCAGCGCUCGCGCACUCAAACCGAAGCAAGCUCGCUCUUACCGAUGAAGAUCUAGGUAUCAACGUUCUCCUUCGACGCAAGAACGUCUACGAUUAUGAUGUACGCGGCAAGAAGGGACGUGAACGCAUGUUCCCUUAUGUUACAUCAAGAAAGAAGGGCGACGAAUACGGAGAGUUCAUUCGACCGGAGGAAUAUCUACGAGCGGAAGAGCGCGAGGAAAUUGAUAUGCAGCAGCGACGAUCGGAAGCGCAGACCAAGCUUGGGCAGAAAAGGCGAUGGGACGAGGCCGCCGGCUCUGGUGGGCUCAGACUCUCUGGGGGCGCGGGAGGACGGAAGCGCCAACAAGUGUCCAAAGAUGGCCAAAGGGUCGAUUCAGGUGCAGGCGAUGAUCUCAGCCUCGCCUCUGAUGAAGCUGCCGACGGUGCUGUGUCUUCCGAAGACGAGGUGGAUGGCCAAGCAUUUGAAGGACCUGCCAAGGCUGUAUACAAGAAGGAGUCCUUUACGAUCAAUGCGCGGAUUGCCUUCAUCGACUGCAUGGGCUUGCACGAUAAGCGCAGUCUGGAGAUGUUGAUUCCCCUCAUUCAGCCCCAGAAGUUGAUCCUGGUCGGUGGAAUGAAAGAAGAAACUUCCACUUUGGCAGCCGAGUGCAAGAAGCUGCUGGCUGCCAAGGCAGGCAUCGAUGUCUCUGCUGCCGCAGCAGAAGCCGCCGCUAUCAUCUUUACUCCUGUAAAUGGCGAGCAGAUCGAUGCCAGCGUCGACACCAAUGCAUGGAUGGUCAAGCUGAGCAACAACCUUGUCCGCCGUCUGAACUGGCAGCAUGUCCGCAGUCUGGGCGUUGUCGCUCUCACCGCACAGUUGCGAGGACCCGAGAUCGUCAACGAGGAUGAGAAUGCCGACGCCGACGCAUCUGGCAAGAAAAUGAAAUUGGUCAAAGACGAGACUGCAUCUUCCGCCAUCACCCCGACGACAAACCACGCGAAGUCUACGGACAAAUUAGACGCCGUGCCUCUUCUCGAUACCUUACCGGCUAGCAUGGCUGCAGGAACUAGAUCGGUGACCCGGCCGCUACAUGUUGGCGACCUGCGACUGGCUGAUCUGCGCAAACUGAUGCAAGCAGCUGGCCACACUGCCGAGUUCCGGGGUGAAGGUACACUCCUGAUUGACAAAUCCGUUGCGGUGCGGAAGUCUGGCACUGGCAAGAUCGAGGUCGAAGCUUCAGCACAGUCCUCGGCCAACCGGGCUGCUCAGGGCCGUGGUGCCGGUAGUUUCCUGGCUGUAAAGAGGAAGAUCUAUGAAGGUCUGGCCGUUGUGGCGGGAAAUUAA